UUUUCAACUUUGUGGGCCCACCUCACCAAAAUAGUCAAAAAGUGUUCCUGAACCCCGAGGAGUAAUUUACUAAUUUCCGGGUAGCCGUUAACCACACCGUAUUCGAAGGGAAAAUCAAAAUAGCAGAACCCAAAACUUGGACCAAAUUUUCCUGCACUUUACCUUCCCAGCCAAAACAAAAGGAAAUGAAGUUUACACCAUCACUUCUUAUCAUCUUCAACCUCACAUCCCUACUUGUUCUAACAUUUCAACCAUUUCCCUCCCUCGCACUGGUUCCUUGCAGGACUACAUGUGGGAACAUUCCCAUAAACUACCCAUUUGGUGUUGACGAUGGCUGUGGAGCACCCCAGUUUAGGCACAUGUUCAACUGCACCAAUGACUUGUUCUUCACAACCCCUUCCGGUAUCUACAAAGUCCAAUCAAUUAACUACCUGAAGCAAACAAUGGUGGUCUAUGAUCCAGCAAUGUCCACGUGCUCCAUUCUUCAACCACACCAUGACCUUGUCCUCACUGAUAUACAAUCAGUCAUAAUCCCUCCAUCUCCUGACACAAUCUUUGUCCUCCUCAAUUGCUCCAUUGACUCUCCUGUGCUCAACCAUUACAAGAAUCUCUGUUUCAACUUCUCCGGACACUCCUGCGAGGAGCUUUACGCCUCCUGCAAUGCUUUCCGGGUCUUUCAUUUGCUCACUAAUAGUUCUCCUCCUUGUUGUUGUACUGGGUAUGAUACAGUGAAGUUUAUGACCAUGAACAUCUUGGAUUGUACACACUAUACUAGUGUGAUUAACACAGAUGAUUUGAAGGGUGUAGGACCUUUGGAUUGGACUUAUGGGAUCAAACUGUCCUAUAGUGUUCCUGAUACUGGGUGCGAAAGGUGCAGGAGAUCUGGGGGUGCUUGUGGGUUUGAUACUGAGACUGAGAUGAUGGUUUGUAUGUGCUCAAGCUCCACUAAUGCUACAAGAGAAUGUGGUGCAGGGAGUGUCACGGCUGGAGGAGGAGGCAGUAGUCGUCAAUGGAGAUAUUUCCAUUCACUUGUUCUGGUUUUGGGAGCAGUUGCUCUUCUGGGUUUGUGUUGAUACUCGUAUGUCAAACGGAUCUAUCUGUUUGUUCUGGUUUGGAAUUCGGAAGUGGAAAAUUUGAGCAUUUUUCAGCGUUUCAA